AGAGAGAAAGAACGAGAGGGAGAGACCGGUGAUGGCUGCGAUGAUGACGGUCAGUAGUUGUAUAUACCGGUUAAGCCGUUCAGUACCAGCCCGACGUCCGUCACGGCUAAACCUCAACCGUUCGGUUUCGUCGACUCUCUUCUUCUACUUCUGACUUCGCGCAUCGCGACGAAUUUCUUGUUCCUGUGCGAAUUUUUUUAUCGCAAGUUUGUCAUUUCACUUGGCCUGACUGCAAACUUCAACUUCCGUAAAUGAUAUUUCGAUUCAACUUGAUUAAGUGAGAUCAUGAGCCGAAAAAUCGAGAAGAAACGAUUCAUUAAUAAUUUUAAGGAACCAUCAUCAGGUGAUCAUCAGAAAAUAAUGCAUGUGCGCGAAAUUAAAUGACAGAGAUAUUAUUUUCCGAAUCAUUUACAUACUCGUCGAAGAAUUUGGUAUCAUCGUGGAAUUCUUUUCUUUCCAAACGACUGCAUCGUGUGUUUCUAAUCCAACAGAAUGCGACGCGAUCAGACAAUCAGACCAUCUCGAGAUUUAUUUAAUCAAUCCAUUCGAUAUUGACACAAGUGAAAAGCGUAUAUUUCAAAGAUCGUCAAUCGAAUCUCCACAAAAUUUAUUAAACAUAGUUUAUAUUAAAUUUUUUUAAGUGUAUUUGAUAUUAAAAUUUCGCCAAGAUGAGGAACUGAUUUUCGGCGAAUCGGUCCCAGCAGGCGGCAUCGAGGAAUUAGUUAGUCCACAUCGUGAAUCACGGUGAAUCACGCGCGAUGGUGGCUUCCCCGUCGUACGAUCGUGUUCGUUCCCGUCGGAAAUCCGUGGUUGUCGUUGCAUACCGAGAUACGAGAUGAAUCACGAGGAUACAUUGAGUCGAAGUGAGCGCGGAUGAAGUGAUUACACCAAGACUCGUGGAUUUACCAUAUCGCGGACCAGCUUGGUCCUCUGAGAGCGAUCGAAGGGAUCAGAAUGCGGUGGAUCGGUUACGUGGCCACGAUUCUCUGGUGGUCGGGCAUCGCCAGGUCUCUCAGUACGCUGAAUCGAGGUCACAGUUACAAGAUCAGUCCGAAGCCCUGCAAAGUGCCUGGUUCCGAGAGCAAGGAAGGCACGUGCAUGUUCGUAUGGGAGUGCAUCAAGUCCGAGGGAACGCACGUGGGCGUGUGCGUGGAUACGUUCAUGUUCGGCAGUUGUUGCAUCCACAACACGACGAUAAAUACGAUAAGUACGUCUCACCAUCCUCAUCAACAGCAGCAGCACAGCAAUACGACUACGAGUACACUCAAGCCAACUCUGUUUGACCCGGCAGCGUCAACUGAGACCACCAAACUGACCACGUCGAUCUCUCCCUCGAGUUGGAGCACGGGAUCAAACACCGCGAGACCGAGUCUCCAUCAACUUUCAGGGUCUCACGGCUCAACCAGACCGUUAAAACCGUAUUCGCACAGUGCCGCAAGGCCCUUGCAGAAGAGGCCGCAUGCGAAACCGACGUCCGAGCACGACGUUGAUAGGCUGCAAACCCCCGCGGUGUCUGUCUCCGCGUCCACCCCGAGCACAUGGACGAAAGGCAGGCCGCAGAAAACGAAGAGACCCGGAAAUCAUCACGAGAAUCACUCUCAUCAUCAGAAGACGAGACCGGAUGAGGAACAAACGAGCGAGAAACCUCUCUCUGUCCAAAGCCAACCGGGCUUCAAGGACAAAAUAGAGACUCAUAAUACGCUAAUAGUACGUUUGCCGGGAAAGGAGCAUGCCGAUGACGAGGCUGCUGGCUUGAGCAAGCCGGCUAAACCGAAUAAACCGAACAACCAGAGGCCAGUUGAGUCGAGACCGGACGAGAAGACCGGCGAUGUCGAUCUCAACGUGCAAGAGACGAUAAAUCGGCCAAAUUCGGUCAAUUCUGUCGUUGAGAAAGAAACGGCGAAAGAACCCCAUCCGAAUGUAAAUUUUAUACACACUGAACGACCGCAGUGGGCAACCAAGCCAGUACAAUCGAAACCGUCGUCGACGGAUUUUUCAAAGCCGUUCUUCUCGAUCAAAACGACGACGAAUCGACCGAUCUCGAUAAGUAGUCAGGCAAAUCAAAGACCGAAUUUUAUCUCGAAACCGAAUACCUGGUCCACAAAAACAUCGACGACUAGGCCGACAACGACCACUAGGCCGACUUAUAACAAGCAGUCUUCCAUCAGCGCAGCUGGAUCCAUACCACAAACUUCUCAUUGGCAAGUGACUACAGAGCCAGUCUUCGUUACAAAACAUAAACCGUCGUCGUUAUCUUCAUCCUCGUCCUCGUCAUCGUCGUUCUCAACGUCGUCAUUUUCAUCAUCCUCGUUUCCGUCAUCACUAUCAUCAUCGUCAUCAUCGUCCAAACCAAUGACCACGAUUACAGAGACGAUACGAAUACCGUCUUCAGGUACAAACUCUCAUUUCUGGUCGAACAGCUGGACGCCACCUAGGCCAUCCUUGAAACCGCACUGGACGGAUAGUCCUAGUCUCCUUCAGAAUGGACCGGAAAAGUUUCCAUCGCGACCGAGCUUUAAGCCGACCGAGUCGCAACAAAGCACUGAGUAUCAGAAGCCCCUGGGUUCAGCGCACUACAUAACGACGUCCCACUUGGAAACGUCAACUAGGCCACGACCCACGAAGAAAACCACAAUACUGAGCACAACGUCGCUGAGUACAUCAAUACCUUCGACAACCAUUCAUGCUACAACUAACCCGACGACCGCGAUAACGACAGUGACGACAGUGACAGUGACUGCACCGACUAGCACAGUCAGUGCUAGCACCACGAGUAUCGUUCCAACUCAAGGGUCGGCUGAUCGCGAGGCAUCAACAGCGGCGAGCGAGAAGGGGACGGGUUCGGUGAUGACGAUUCCGGCCGCUGACGAGAGCAAACACAUGCAGUGUGGGGUACCGCCGUUGUUCCCGCGACCGGAAACGCGAAUUGUUGGCGGGAAGGAUGCACCGUUCGGCCGAUGGCCCUGGCAAGUAUCCGUACGUCGGACGUCCUUUUUCGGCUUCUCGAGCACUCACCGAUGUGGCGGUGCGGUACUCAACGAGAAUUGGAUCGCCACCGCGGGUCAUUGCGUCGACGAUUUGCUGACGACGCAAAUACGAAUACGAGUCGGGGAAUACGACUUCUCGUCGGUCCAGGAGCGACUGCCCUACGUGGAACGUGGCGUCGCCAAGAAAGUCGUGCACCCCAAGUACAACUUUUUCACGUACGAAUACGAUCUGGCCUUGGUGCGACUUGAGAGCUCCUUGACGUUCGCAGCGCACAUCUCGCCUAUUUGUCUGCCAGCCACGGAUGAUCUCUUGAUCGGGGAGAAUGCAACGGUAACGGGUUGGGGAAGGUUGAGCGAGGGUGGAACAUUGCCCUCGAUAUUGCAAGAGGUUUCUGUGCCGAUAGUGAGUAAUGACAGGUGCAAAUCGAUGUUCUUAAGAGCUGGCAGACACGAGGUCAUUCCGGACAUCUUCCUCUGCGCCGGUUACGAAACCGGUGGGCAAGAUUCGUGUCAGGGUGAUUCCGGAGGUCCUCUCCAAGUACGCGGAAAAGAUGGUAGGUACUUUCUCGCCGGUAUCAUAUCGUGGGGGAUCGGAUGCGCGGAAGCUAACUUGCCGGGAGUCUGUACAAGGAUCUCCAAAUUCGUACCGUGGAUUUUGAAGAACGUUACCUGAUCUACUCCACGAUCAACGCGACUAUAGAUAUGCGAAUAAGAGAGAACUUGACAGAACCUAUACCCGAAUGUUAUAAGCGAUUCGCAACAUUGGAUCGCGAGAUAUCGAGAAACCAAGUUGAUCACCUUAGAUCCUUCUCGCAAAUGAGAACGUAUCUUCUAUCAUUUGCAUUUAUUUAUUGUAUUCACACUGCCACUCACGAAAUAACACAAUCUGUGGUGUUGCUACAUAUGCACAAGAAAUGGAAUCGAGUCAUCGGAUAUUCUAGCGACGUACGCGAAACAGUCGUGCAUUGCAACAGUAUACAUCGAGAAAACUUGUAUUUAUAUAUAAAUCUACGUAAGGAAAUAAUAUAUAUUUUUUAGAUUAUAAGGCUAGACAGCUGAAUAACCGAGGGAAGUCUGAAUUGUAAUAAAGAGCUCAAAGAAGUCUGCUAGAGAUAAAAGGAAACGCUGUUAUUAUUCUUGCUAUUAUUUUGCUUCGAAAAAUGAACAUAACAUGAUCUUUAGGAAAAAUUGCGAUUUUUCAUAUAUAAAACACACACUAAAUUUACUAGUAAAAGCUAUGUAUUUUGAAAAAUUAGUUUAAU